AUGAUCUAUAAGGCACAGAUCCGACCUGUCCUGGAAUACUGUUCCCAUAUUUGUAGUGCAGCACCCAAACAUUCUCUGAAACUAUUGGAUUCUGUCCAAAAAAGGGCAAUUCGUCUCGUGGGUGAUGCCUCGCUCACAAACUACUCACUCACUUCUCUGGAACACCGUAGAAAAGUUGGCGAUCUGGUUCUAUUUUAUAGAUAUUUUCAUGGACGAUGCUCUUCUGAAAUAUCAACAAUUGUUCCUCCCUUGGCAGUCCCCGCGAGAUUAACCCGUCGAGUUGAGGCUUCGCACACCUUCGUGGUCACUUUGGAGACCUGCAGAAAAUCUCUUUCCAAAGACUCGUUCAUCCAACGAACAGCGAGGCCCUGGAACACAUUGCCAAAAGAGAAGAACACCAAUUCCUACCUUAUUCCCCUUGGUUCUCACGAUGUUCUCUGAACAUUAAAGGAUAUCCCUUUUCGUAUGAACCAGAACAUAUAAAAAAAACUCACAAGUUUAUUAUAUAAUUGUUUUUAUUUAUAACCCCCUGUAUAAGCUUUCAUGGUGUCAAAAUCCAGUAUGGAUGGAGGCUGAGAAAGCCCACGAAAUUUAAAAAUGAUUCUGAUUGGGGUCAUUGAGUAAUCUCAAUGGAAGUCUUGAAAACACCUAUACGCAUUAAAGUUUGACGUCAAAUCGAAUUUUAAUUGUU